AUGGUGUCCGAACGAGCCUACCAGCUGGGAACUGACACCCUAAGAACCCUGGUGUUGGGACGUUCAUCCCCAUCGGUCAAGAUCCCUACUCCUUGGGAGGAGACGGACAAGACGUCACUCUCCUAUUGUGUUUCCCAUAAUAGCUGUGACGGUCUCCUCUGCCUCUUUCAUCCCUGCAAAUCUUUUGUGUUCAACCCCGCCACUAGAUGGUAUCGGGCUCUUCCUCGCUGUAACUCUCACCAACCCUAUCAUCAAACUCUCUCUACGCUUGGAUUCGGUAAAGACAUAUUCACGAGCACAUACAAGCCCGUUUGGUUAUACAACUCUUUAGAAUUAGGCCUAGAAAACGCUACCACAUGCCAAGUUUUUGACUUUACCACCAACGCUUGGAGGUAUGUCACUCCAUCUGCUCCUUACCGCGUUCUUGCUCCCGUUAAGCCUGUGUUUGUUGAUGGGUCGCUUUAUUGGUUAACCGACUGCAAAGAAACCAAAGUUGUAUCUUUCGAUCUUCACACCGAAGCUUUUCAAGUCAUCUCUAAAGCUCAUUUUCUCAAUUUCUCCGAUCCUUACAAGGUGUUCAUGUGCAACCUCGACAACCGCUUGUGUGUAUCCGAGAUGAAGUGGCCCAACCAAAUGAUAUCGAUAUGGUCGUUCAGUUCAAGCAACAAGACAUGGGACAAAACGUAUUCCAUAAACCUGGAUUUAUUUGUUGUUUGGCAUGGACAUGGACGUAAUGGUAUCCCAAAUUACCCAAUAAGUUACGUUCUCAUGCCACUAGCAAUUCUGAAGAAGAAGAAGUUGUUGUUUUAUGAUCCUGUGAUAACUCAACAACUAUUUCUUACACGUGUUUCCGAAAUCAAACAAGAUGAAGUUGCUUUCUCCGGUAGAUCCACUGGAGUUCCUGUUUUUUUAUUUUCCUAG